GUGUGGAAGAUGUCCUGCUCCAGCCUGUGUGCCCCUGCCUGCGGUGUGGCCGCCCCGGCCCCACUGGCUAACAGCUGCAAUGAGCCCUGCGUGCGCCAGUGCCCCGACUCCACCGUGGUGAUCCAACCCCCGGCCACCGUGGUCACCUUCCCCGGGCCCAUCCUCAGCUCCUUCCCACAGAACGCUGUGGUUGGCUCAGCAGGAGUCCCUGCCAUUGGAUCGGGCUUGGGUGGCAGCUUUGGACGUAGUGCCGGCUUUGGGGGCUAUGGAGGCCUGGGAGGCUAUGGAGGCUCUUAUGGCCUUGGAGGCUUUGGGGGCUAUGGAGGCUUUGGCAGCUGCGGAUACGGUGGCUUGCGCCGAGGUCUUGGAUACCUCAGUGGCAGCUGCGGGCCCUGCUAA